CAACGAGCUCAGUUUACAAAAGAGCUCGAUUUGAGCCCUCCGGUCUGUCUGUCUGUGGUCAGACACAAAUAGAUGUUUAUAGGGGCUCCGUUAUGUUCAUUAAAACACACAGCGUCUGUCUGACAACCCCCGCAUGUCGGGAUGCUCGUUUAAAUGUCGUCUGUGUGAUCGAGGAGAUCCAGACCAACUUCAGUUCAUGAUCUCCUGCUGUUCUCUGUGCUUCACUAACUGAGCGCUUCGGGUCGAUCACAGUGACUUUAAAGAUGAAGAUUGCUUUGCUGGUUUUGGUGCUUCUGGCGUUUGGACACUCACUGCCUAUGCAGCGGAGGAGAGUAACGAGAUCAGAGAGUUCAGAAGACGAUGGGAGCGACUGCGAGGAACACGGCAGUGAAGAGAAGAAAGCAGAGAAAGAAGAGGAAGGAGGACAUGGAGACGAGGAAGAAGAUGAGGAAGAAGAGAGCGAGGAUGGAGAACAAAAGGAAGGAGGAGAUGAGGAGGAUGAAGAUGGCAGUGAGGAAGGAGACAGUGAUGAAAGUGCCGGAGCUGAUGAAGAGAGUGAAGAUGAGGAGAACAACGGAGAGGAAGAACAACCGUCUGGGAAGAUUUCCUUGGAUCUGACAGACGAUGUGAUAUCAUGAUGGGCGGAGCUCUCGCCGGAGCACAUCAUGAACACUGUGAAGAUGAUCAUGAUCGCCGAUCCCGGAGUCAGAGAAGAAAAUUAAAGCAAAUUCAUAUUUAACUUACAUGCAAAUGAAGAUUUAAGAAAUAAUUCAUUCUCGCAUCGUCAGUCUAAAGGAACCUAAUGAAUCAGAUCAGAACACAAAACCACAUUAACGUGGAAAUAAGCAAAAUGUCAAGUGUAAAUAAAUUUUGCAUGCUAUUUUAAAAUGUUAUUAUAGUUUAU